ACAGAAUCUGAAGAAGCCAUAUCGAUUUGCGCAACACGAAAUCUAGCCUUCACACACCGAUUCGGUUUCAUCGCUUCUGGCAGCGAAGAGCUUGCGAGCAACGGGGAGAAAUCGCAGUUUGAUUUGAUGAGUAGACAGGGAAUGUGUUGAGGAAGACGAUGUUCUUCAACGCCUUGAUUCAGCGGAGACUCUCUGCUCUCUUGCGGCCAUGGCUGGUGGACGAGCCGGAACUCGAAGUCAAGCUAGGGUUUCUUCGCUCUCACGGAAUCGCCACAAACCUCCGCUUCAACGCUUCUGCUCUGAACCAGUUGCUCGACGAUCCUUCUCGCGUGUGCUUCAGAGAAGUGGUCGUCGAACAGUUUGGCGUUCAUGUGUCCAACUGGUCCGCCCCUGCUUUCAAUUUCCGAAUUCAAGGCCUUAGCGUUUCUCUAGCACUGGGUGAGAAUGAGGGAAGUGCUGAAAUCAGGCCGAAACCACGAGACACGUCUAUUGAUCAGAAAAGGAAGCUCCUGGCAGAGCUUGACCCGCAGGGUAGUUCUCUGCAUUCUGCGAUGGAAAGGAUCACUGAAAUUAGAGAAUUUAAGUGGACAGAUUCUCUGUUUGAUUGCAUAUUUCAGCAUUGUCAGUUUCAAGUGUGUGAUGUUGAAGUCACAUUGCUGCAUUCUCAUUCGAAUGGUUUUGUUUCCUUAUCAUUUCUGAUGAAGGAACUUGGCGUGGGAUGUGAAUCUGUCCGGUGUUGUUUCCUCAGUGGGGCCAUCAGUUCAUUUCUUUUGCCCUCUAGAGAAAGCUACAUUGAUAUUGACAUUGAUAAUUUUGAGAUAACAUUAAAUACUGAACAUCACGUGAGCAACAUUGUGCCUUCAACAAACCUACAUGCUUCCAUUAAAUCUAAAAAUCAUAGUUUUAUUGAAUUUGAUUUUUCUGUUGAAGCAUUGAAACUUUCUUUAUCUCCCUUUCAUGUUUCCGCAAUACUUCUACUUUUCGUAUUGUCUUCGAAAGAAGCCAAGUCUAUUAGAAGUGGUAGGCAACUGUGGAAAAUAGCAGCAGACAAAAUUAAGUCCUUAACUUCAAUGCGCAAGUUUUUAUUGCAUAAGGUUGUUUGCAUAAUAUGUAUCUGGAUACAAUAUAUACACACCUAUGAGAAAAUGCUUUUACUGGUUGGGUAUCCAUCAGAAGACGCAAUAAGACAAUCACUUGGUUUUAUGGUUGGGGGCAAAACAUCCUCCAUAGCUUUUAAGCAGCAUUGGAAGAAAAUUUGCCAAAUGGAAGAUGACCUACCCAGUGAAGCCAUUGCACUUGCUAGAAAAAUAAUACGCAAUAGAGCUGCUUCAGGUGCCCAAAAGACAAGAGAAUUUUGUCACGAGUCAAAAGUGAAGGCACUUCUUAUGAAAAUUUUCACACCACUCAUCUUUUUUGGGAAGUACAUUUGCUAUGUAUUUUGCUUCAUUAAAAGUUUUCAAUAUAGUGCCGGUAAAUGUUCAAACUCCAAUGAAGAUCUUGGACAUGUUCCCAAUGGUUCUUUUCUAUGCCGCCACAUUGUCCUAGAUGUUGGAGAAUUUUCAAUUUUGAUUUCCCCUGAAGAUGAACUUCACCCUUCUGUUAGUGGGAAGAUGCUCUCUGAUAUUGGGCUCGCAUACCAUGAGUUGCUUUCGUUUUCUGUUUUUAUCGAUGUACUUCACUUAAGAUAUUCUGAAAAUAUUACGCAACAAUGUCUUGCCUUUGGCUGUCAAUCCUUCAAGGUGGUUCCUUUAUCUCUUAUAGAAGGCAAUUAUAGAAAAUCUGUGAAGUACUUGAAUGGUGCUCAGAAAAAAAAAGCUCAAAGCUUAUCCCCAGUAUUAUGGGGUGAGCCUGCAGAAAUUGUACACCCUGUGGAAAAUACUGCCUAUCAUGCUAAUGGGUCUGGCAUCCCUGGUCUCUCUUUUAAAGACUACAUCAUAGGAGAAAUGCUCUUGAAGUGGAGAAAAUGUUGCUCAAAAGUUGAAGCCAAUAAAAUCCAGGAUUUUGUGAACCCAUUUGCUCUUUGCGAGAUAAACAAUCUCUUGAUUGAUCAAACCAUGCAGAAUACUACAUUAGGGUCUUUACGUUGCGGUAUGGUGGUUGGAAGGCUGAAUUUACUUAUUGAAAAUGCAUCCGUAGUAUCUAUUGCUGUAAUAUCUACACAGAUUAAGAAUGCCCUUUCGUGGACUCGGUCUAAUGUGGAAACAAGUACUGUGUUGCAUGCUACAUCACCCUCUAGUGGUCAAUUGCCCUCAAUUGACUGGAGGAAUAACUACAUAUUACUUUCAUCUCAAAUGGCAGUAGUAGAACAUGCAUCAAUUUUGCAAAAGCAUAUUCAAAUGCGAAUAAGAGUUGCUGGUCCACACAUUCAGAUUUCAUUGAUAAACAUGGAGCAUCACGAUCAGUUAACAGGCCUGCUUCAUGCAUCUAGGAAUGGUAUGGCCCACCUUAGAAUUGAAGCUGCCAACAUGGAACUUUCCGUUUCGCCAAAUCUGGAAUCUGACUUCAGUUUCUCAAGUAAAUCAAUGUCAGUUGCGGAUGCAAAAGCAAAGAGCAUUAGGCUAAUGGAGCUUCAUCAGAGUGGCAUUCCUAAGUUGAAUGAUGAAACCAUGAGCUCCCAAACAUGUAUCUCAAUUGACACACAGCUAAAUUUUGAUGGGGUGAAAGUGUAUCUUGAUAUAACAAAUAAUCCUCGUAGCCAAGUCAUCGUGUUAGCUCCUGUAACCUUCAGGCUAAUAUCUUCAAGGAAGGAUCUGCAUUCAUUCGGCUCAACAGUGAUUGUUUGGUUUAUUUCUUUAAUCUGGGCAGCUAAUGGGUUGGCUGUUGUCUUAUUUUUGGAUGAAAUGAAUGCUUUAGUAAAGGCAGCAUAUGAUUUGUCUCGUGCAGUGUUACAUGUUCUCAAUUUGCCCAGUUUAGCUACCAGCCUCAUUCAUCAUAAAAUUUCAUUCCAAGAUAUGUCUUCAAAUCCUGGAAAUCAUGGAGUAAUGAUGACUAGAAGUGCAGCUUUUUUUAGGGGUCUUAUCAUUAUUGAGAAUAUCUGUGAGCUCAAGUCAGUUGAAAUCAUCCUUCACUACUCUAGGAAAGGAUGUAAUACAGAUUCAGAUGGGAUGAAUGCUCACAUUGAUACCAACCAGAAGUUGGACCGCAAAGCCUGGCUAGACUGUGGAAUUCACAUGUCUAUUGAGCAGUUUGAUUCACUGUUUUCAUUUGAACCAGAAAAGGUGAAUAUUUGCAUCAAAUUAUCUGGAUUUCAAUCUGAUAUUCUUGGACAAAUAAAGGACACUGCUGAGGUUUCUGAUCAAUUUGAACUUAACAAUCUUUUCCAAUCAUUGCAUUGUUUAUAUGGAGCGUCAUGUUCAUAUGGCAAAUUUGAGAUGUGCUGGAAAGCCAUUCCACUCCCCAGUUUGAUAAAUUCAGCUGAUGUUUAUACAUCUAGUAGUGUAACUUUGCUGUUGUCUGGAGAUUCUCCCUUGAUGGUAAAAGCUGAUGACUACUCUUCUGAUUGCUUACACAUGAGCAUUGUUUUUGAUGAAGUUUAUUUAGUUGGAUGCCCAGUAAAAAAAUUGCUGAUUCAAUCACACAAACCAAAUAAACUUGAGGGAUCUCUUCGUGUUGGUGGAGAACUUCGUAAUAUCUCUUGCGAGAUUCAGGGAGGUUAUAUUGCUAGUGAAGCAACAGCACUCGUGAUGGUUGUUCAAUGUUUUGCACUUUAUCAUUUCCGGUUCAGAGAGCUUUGGCCUGCAGCAACAUUGUUCGGGGAGAAACAUGCUGAAAACGUUGAAGUGAUUAAAAGUUUACCAAGUCAAGAAUUGUGGCACCAGCAAUUAAUUAAUUGGAACCAAUUCAAGGCACUGAGUAUUAACAUUUCACAACUCUCUCUUGGGCUCAUGGGCAAAGAUGGAUCUGGCGGGCUUCAGGAACUUCUGUUAGAGACGAGCUGUGAAUUUAACCUCAAAGCACCAACAAUAUAUUCAUUUAGUAUUUCAAAAUUGUCAAUUAUUUCAUGCUCCUUUGACAUAACGACGGAACAAAGAAUUAGGGGCACCAACAUUCUCUCUCCCUUUGUAAUGUUAAAUGAGAGAGACAGUAGUUCUGUUAUCUCUUCAAAGUACGAGCAUAAUAUCCAUUCAUUUGAUGAUGCAAGUAGCUCAAGUUCUCAUGUUCUUCAAAAGGAAAUUAUUGCUGAUGAUUCAGAAAAAUCACAUACGAAUAAUGCUGGAUCACAAAACUUGCUUGCAUCUUCUCAAAAUUAUGUUAUGCGAGACCUAUCAGCUUCUUUAGUAGUUGAACAACUUGUGUUGAGGAAGAGGAAUGGUUCUCAGCAGUUGAACUAUUUUUGGGUUGGCCGUGGCUCUCUUUUAGGCUUUGAUAUGACUAUUUCUCUGCCUGAAAUACAGAUGAUACUUCUUGCUGGCGAACAAAUAUCUGGGCUUUAUAGCAAUGAUACUAAUAGAAGUGUGAAACAAAGGACAUUGGCCAGUGGCCAGGAGUUUGCGGAAAGUAUGGACCACAAUAUUCCUGAUGGAACCAUUGUUGCCAUUGAAGAUGUGAGUCAACAUAUGUUUAUUGCAGUCAAUAGAGCUGAAAGUAGUUAUACUUUAGUUGGUGAAAUACAUUACUCACUUGCAGGCGAGAGGGCUCUCUUUAGGGUGAAGCAUCAUGAAUCAAGGAGGUGGAUGUCCCAAACUUCUUAUUUUUCAUUGAUUUCAUUGUAUGCCAAUGAUGAAUAUGGGGAACCAUUGCGAUUAAGCUGCAGGAUGAGAUCUGAUUAUGUUGACAUUUCCAAAUCUGAUCGUGGUGCAUGCACACUUUGGUAUGCCAUUCCUUGCGAAUUGAAAGCAUUCGAGGGAGCUGCUGAUUGUGAAAUGUUUCCCUCAACCAAACGUAUGUUUCAACUUGUGAACAAGAAAAAUGGCCGUGCUGCUGCUUUUGUUGACGGAGUCCUGGAAUUUGUCAGCAAGCCAGGAAAUCCAUUUAAAUGGAAAGUACUUGAUAAUCAUUUUCAAACUGUUAAUAAUCAUUCGCCUAGUAUUUUAAGGGAGGAAUCUCAAACAGGUAAUCAAUAUGAAUUGCAAGUAAAAGACAGAGCAGAUCAUGGAAAAAAUGAAAAUACUUCGGGUAUAACUAUUACAAUGGACAAUAUUUCAUGGACCAUCGUGCAUGAACUUUCACAUACUAAGGAAAAGUUUCCACUCCUUCAGGGGUCUAUUAGUUCUACUGAGACUAUGGUUCAGAUUUCAAACAAUAAAAUUCGGGUGAUGAGCAGGUUACAGGCUCUACUAUAUUAUUUUGACGCCAAGAAAAACUUAUGGAGAAAAUUGAUGCAUCCACUUGAAGUUUUCAUUUUCUAUCGUUAUAGACUCCUAUCCAAGGACUUGGAACAUGUUACCCAUCGGGUGCCUGGUCAUCUCUAUGCAAGAACUGGAGAGUUAAAUUUAUCAAUGUGUGAGGCUGCACUCGAUAUCAUACUCUUUGUCAUUGGGCAGUUAAAUUUGGCUGGCCCUUAUGCAGUAAAAAGCUCCAACAUUUUAGCAAACUGCUGCAAGAUUGAAAAUAAGUCAAGCUUGACGCUUGUCUGUAACUUCUAUGAUAAUCAAGAUGUUUCAGUUUCUGGAAGACAAUCUAGUGUCAUAUUAUUAAGGCAUUUGGCUUCAACAAAUCAGUCCCCAGAUGCAUCUGUUUUUUCAAUCCAACUUACAGAGACGAGGGUCCUAUCUACUUCUUUAAUUCGUCUCUCACUCUUGGAAGCCCAAGCAUUCUCUUGUAGAACACGUAUAGAAUCAUUAAAAGACUCAAAAACUUCCCCUGGUCCAUUUCUUGUGGUUGAAAUUUCACCGAAUACUGAGGAUGGCUUCUUAGUUGUGGUGUCUCCAUUACUUCAAGUUCACAAUGAGACUGAUUUCCCUCUGGAGCUGCGUUUUCAACGUGGUCAACAAAAGGACACUGAGUAUGCUUUUGCCGUUUUGGAUGUUGGGGAUACACUUGAUGAUUCCAUGGCAACAUUUGGUGCUAUUAGUCUCUCCGGUGAACAAAGAAAGGCAUUAAUGUCUCUAAGUGUUGGUAAUUUCUUACUCUCUUUUAGACCAAGCAACAUAGUUGGUAUAACAAACUCAAAGAUUUCAACAGUCCACUGGUCUAGUGAUCUCAAAGGGAGGAAGCCUGUCCAUCUAUCAGGAAUAUUUGAUAAAUUGAGUUACCAAGUCCGCAAGGCAUUUUCUGUUAAAUCACUCAAGUACUCGUUUAGUACUGUAUAUUGUGAUAUAGAGUUUGAAGAUGGACGUGCUGCUAAGAUACACUUCCUGAUUCACAGCAUUGGAAAGGAUGUACCUCUUACACACCCAGAUACCUUUGGAUAUGUACAUGCAGAUAAAAACUCUUCAAUUUCAUUGCAAGAGCAGAAAGAAAUCUUUCUUAUUCCGACUGUUUGUGUCUCCAACUUAUUACAAACAGAGAUUCAUGUGGCUUUGAGUGAGACAGAUCUCCAUUCUACAUUGUCGAGCGACUCUAUAUGGAACACUGCAACGAUUGCCUCAGGAUCUUGUGUCAAUUUAUAUGCUGAUCCUGCGUUUAAAUAUUUUAAUGUCACUUUAACUGCUUAUAGUUCAAGUUGCAAACCAAUUGUUAGCGCUGAUUGGGUGAAAAAGUUACAGAAACAGAAGAGCAAUAUCUCCCAUUUAGACAUUGAAUUAGAGUUUUGCAAUGGAAAGUAUUUUGCAUUGCUAAGAUUGUCUCGAGGACACCGAGGAAAAUUAGAGGCUGCUAUCUUUACUUCAUAUACAUUGGAGAAUGAUAUGGUUUUUCCUUUCAUCUGCCUUCCCGCAAAUCAGAAGCCUAUGCCUAGGGAUGUUGUCCAAAAACUUGGUUCCGAAGUUCCUCCAGAGCUAGGGUCAUAUCUUCCUCCUAAAUCAACGAGGUCCUGGUUCAUGAAAUGCCACAAGGUGCGUCUCACAUUGGCAGAUGAAAUCACAUCUGACGCUCUACUGGACUUGGAUGCUUUAUCAGGCCUUACAGAGGUGGACUUUGAGCUUGAGGAGAGAUCUGGUUUUAAGCUUAUAAAAAAGAUGGGUGUAUCUUUAAGACCAUAUAUUCUUAAAGAACUCCCCUCUCAAAUGGUGUCGAUAAACCCACGAUAUGUUGUAGUGAAUGAAUCAAAUGAAGUUAUCUAUGUCCGUCAAUGUUAUUUGGAGGAAAAUGGCAUGGAAACAAUCAUUACUAUUAACAGUAAACAAAGAGUGGCCUUAACACUGAGAAGGGGGAUACCAAAAAAGAGAGAAACUACCGUGUUCGAGACUUUUCUUAAAAAGCACCAAAAAACUCAAGAUAAUUUGUCAUUUAUUCAGUUCCGACUGAAUGAUUAUGGAUUGUGUUGGUCAGGACCAGUAUGCAUUGCCUCGCUAGGCCGAUUUUUCCUCAAGUUCAAAAGAUCCUUGGAAUUUCAAGCCAAUCAAUCAGAUCAUUCAACAUGUCAUGAGGCCAAUAUGUACGAAUUUGCUGUUGUUAAUGUUGUUGAAGAAGGUUCUAGCCUUGUUUUACACUUUUACCAGCCUCUAAAUGUAGACUUGCCUUACCGGAUCGAGAACUGCUUGCAUGAUACUGCUAUUACAUUUUACCAAAAGGGAUUGAUAUUGCCUGAGGUUCUGGGAUCUGGAAGUAGCACUAAUUAUGCCUGGGAUGACUUGACUCUUCCUCACAAGCUUAUCAUCCAAAUUGGUGAUGUCCACCUAUUGCGCGAAAUAAGCUUGGACAAAGUGCGUGAAUGGAAAAAAAUUUAUGGGACCAAGCAACAGAGACAGUUGGGGCUCCAUUUACCAAUCGAGAAGCAGCCUGAAAAUCCAAAAAGUGACCUUAGACAAUCCAGUGACACAGAGAUGGUAAACUUAGGUUAUGAAGUGUAUACAGAUGGUUUGACUCGUGUUUUGAGAAUUUCUGAGUUUGCUGAUAGACGCAGAGGGGACACUUUGUUUCACUCUAGAACAAAGAUGCAGCUAAUAGUAUCAUCUUUGGCACUUAAGUUACUUGAGCGUGCAAGACAGGAGAUAAGUGAAGUUGACAACGAUGAACCAUCAAUCUACAGUCCUGUUGUUGUUGUGAGGCUUGAAGGCAUCUGUUUAAACUCUGUGUUUACUGACCGGCAUAAGUUUAACCAGCUAAUGGUACAGACACUAAGUGUGGAUCAGAAGUGGCAUGGAGCUCCUUAUGCAGCAAUGCUUCGAAGAUAUCAGCUAGAAGAUUGCAACAAAAAUGACAGUGUACUCCUAGUGGAACUUGCUCUAGUUUCAUCCAAUUCCAAAGUUAAACAAGUCAAGCAUUUAUCCAUUGUUCUGCAGCCACUUGAUUUCAAACUUGACGAGGAGACAUUAAUGAAACUUGUCCCUCUCUGGAGAUCUUCUCUCAGUGAUUCAAAUACCCCCAGUCAACAGUAUUACUUUGAGCAUUUUGAGAUCCACCCUAUAAAGAUUGUUGCGAGCUUUCUUCCCGGUGAAGCUUAUGCGAGUUACAGCUCUACCCAGGAAACACUGAGGACUUUAUUACAUAGCGUGAUAAAGAUGCCUGUUAUUAACAAUAUGAAUGUGGAGUUGAAUGGAGUGCUUGUUACACAUGUACUGUUAACAUUGCGUGAAUUGUCAAUUAAAUGUGCACAACACUAUUCAUGGUACACAAUGAGGGCAAUUUAUAUUGUAAAGGGGAGCCCAUUGCUUCCGCCAGCAUUUGCUUCUAUCUUUGAUGAUUUUGCUUCUUCCUCACUUGAUGUCUUCUUUGAUCCUUCCAGUGGCUUUAUCAAGUUUCCUGGACUUACUAUGGGUACAUUCAAACUCAUCAAAAAGUGCAUUGAUGGUAAAGGAUUUUCUGGAACGAAACGCUAUUUAGGUGAUCUAGGGAAAACUUUUAAGUCAGCUGGGUCAAAUAUCCUAUUCGCUGCUGUCACUGAAGUAUCGGACUCAGUUCUGAAAGGAGCAGAAGCGAGUGGGUUUAAUGGAAUGGUCAUUGGGUUUCACCAAGGAAUACUGAAAUUGGCGAUGGAGCCUUCAGUAUUGAGCACUGCUUUUAUGGAAGGGGGUCCUGAUCGAAAAAUUAGACUCGACCGAAGUCCUGGUGUUGAUGAGCUAUACAUUGAAGGUUAUCUGCAAGCCAUGUUAGACACAGUAUACAAGCAAGCAUAUCUAAGUGUGAGAGUCCUUGAAACCCAGAUCAUCCUCAAGAACCUGCCUCCAAACAGUUCUCUAAUAGAUGAAAUUGUGGAGCGUGUGAAGGGGUUUCUUGUGAGCAAGGGGUUGUUGAAGGGAGGUUCUUCAAAAGUGUCCCAUCCUUUACGUCAUAUUAGAGGGGAACGUGAAUGGAGAUUAGGACCGACAGUGCUGACACUGUGUGAGCAUCUAUUUGUGAGUUUCGCGAUCCGGAUGUUACGGAGACAGGCCAAUAAGGUGAUGGCUAAUGUCAAGUGGAAUGGGAAAGAAGGCGAGGGGAAGAAAGCAGCCAUUGUGAGUGAUUCUGGUAAGGGGAGGAAUUUCAUAUGGAGAUGGGGAAUAGGAAGCUUUGUGAUUUCUGGGAUAGUUGCUUACAUUGAUGGACGCUUAUGCCGGCGCAUACCAAACCCCAUAGCAAGACGGAUUGUAAGUGGGUUUCUUCUCAGCUUUCUUGACAAAAAUAGUGAAAACCAAUGAAACUCCUCUUAGUUGAUUUUUAUAUUAU